GUUGGACGUGACAGUAAAUCAAAAUGAGAAUUUUAAUAUUGGCGCUCUCUUGCGGGCUACUAGUGCAAUCCAGAGAUAUACCUCUGAGGGAAACCGAGUGGAGCAAUAUUGUUCCAGGAUGCACCAUCAACAUCAACGGUCAGUUACCGAGGCCACAGCCACUGGUUCUGAUUCCAGGAACGAAUCGAUACCGCUAUCCAGCGGAAAGUGAUCGUUUGCUCCAGCUUGAAUCCGGUGAAGCCCUCGAAGUGGUCUGUCAACGGGGUUUCAACGUUGCCUCGGGCAAAAGAUCUAUGAUCAUUUCGUGCGUAUCUGGAAUAACGUUCAGUCACGAUAAUGCCGUCUACCGAUUCAAUGAUCUUUCCUGCACGGAAAAUUGGUCCAGCAGUGCUCGCUACACUACCCGUUCUUGUGAACAGGGUGCAUCCCUCGUGGAGAUCGGGUUCGAUUUGGGCGAUCGUUUCGUCAAUGUCAUGGACGUGUGUCACAAUAAUGUAACGUUCGAAAACCAUUGGAUUAAGCAUGAAUUCCAUCGGGCACAUGAUGGAUUCCAGCAGGGAGUUCCCCGACCACCGUGGAUCCAGGGAAGUUUCUACUCGGGAAUCAACGUGAAUCAGUUGUAUACCAUCAACAGACAGCGCGAGACUCUGGGUCACAUUCUCAAAUCCACAGCACUCGCCGACCAGUUAGUGCAAAAUGUCAGCACCGGUGUUUAUAUGGCUCGAGGUCAUAUCGCUGCCAGGGCUGAUUUCAUCUACGGAACGCAACAGAAUGCGACCUUCUGGUUCUUGAACGCUGCCCCGCAGUGGCAAAAUUUUAACGAUGGCAACUGGAAAUGGAUCGAAGAUAGUUCGCGUCGUUUCGUGGCUACUCGGAACAUACAAGUUACAGUUUAUGGAGGUACUUUCGGAGUGCAAACGCAAAUCGAUGCCAAUGGAGAUGAGCAGCCGAUUUAUUUGAAUUUUGACCCGACUGGAACCCAGAGGUUGCCGGCACCGAAAAUUUACUACAAAAUUCUGCACGACGAGAGAAACAAAGCCGGGAUUGUACUGAUAGGUGUUAAUAAUGUUCACGUUGAUUCGGUUUACCAGGUUCAACAGGAAUACAUAUUCUGCGAUGAUAUCGGAGAUAAGGUUGACUGGAUCAAUUGGCGUAGAACGAAUUUAACCCUCGGUUUUUCGUAUGCAUGUGAAGUGAAUCCGUUCCUCAAGCGGAUUGGGCAUCUGAAGGGGUUGGAUGUACCGAAUUUAUUGAUCUGAGUGGCGGGUGCGGAAUAAAGAAAUAUGGUGAUAAAA